UCGCUGAUUUUAGCCAUUGCCCGAUGUCUUUUAACGCAAACAUGUGAACGGAUCUCGACUUGUCUAUCCGACACAUUUGCGUAGCAUUUGCACACGAUAAAGAGGGAGAAGGAGAAAAAGAGAGGAGAGAGAGAAAGUGAAAACGAACGAGUUCGCGAGUUAUAUCGCAGCAAAGAGUGCACGGUCGAACGCAGACGUACGGUGACGAAAUAGUAUAUAUCAUAUCAUACGACAUAUUGUUCAUUUUGUGGAAACACGCGAGAGCCAGGGAGAGACAACCGGGGAGCGCGCGACCGUUUACGUGCUCGCUCACUCGCGAGAAUUUAUCUUUAACGAACUGCCACCACGCAACGCGCGGGUUGAUCGCGUUCGUCGAUCGCAUACGUUGCCAGUUCCAAUUGGAUAUUAUUCUCUCGGUGUCUUCGCUCCCUUCACUCGCUGCUGCUACGAAUGUGGACAUUUGACGGUGUGCCGUGUUGCCGCUAUCGUUGCCGUUACUGUGCAUUUCGUACGCCUGUAUGAGAACCGUCGUUUCCCACCGGAUCUCAACGAACGUCGCGCGUUCGUGAAGCGGCUCUCGCCCACAGGAAUCUGAUUGUCAAGCCGAUUGUGCGGUGCCCGUAACAGUGAUAGAAAAAGAAACACAGGGAGAGAGGAAACGAGAAGCAAAAGAGAGAAAGAAAGACGUCCGCUGGCCGUCCGCUCCGUCGCUCCGCACUUUUCUCCCACCCCCAAGUGGUAUCAAUGUUGUCUGGCAAUGGUGUGUAAGGAGAACGUGGUAUCAUGGUUUGGGAAUCUGUCCAGUUAUAAACGUAUAGAUGUGAUGUGCACAUUGCUGAAUAUGUGCCUGCCAUUUGAAGUACGAUACCUUGGCACGUGCGUCGAGGAUAUCGGUAAGCGGGACUACAAUGACCUGCGAGACACGGAGCAUCAUGCAAACAGCGCCACUGAAUUGGCCGAGUUGACAACUUCCAGUGUGACAGACAAACGCACGCGAAGAAAACUGGCCCUUUACAUGGCGCUGUUGCACUCAUGCAGUUAUGCCUGUGCGGUGAUCUUAUACAAGAUUCUGUCGAAUCUCGAACACCAAGAGAUCACCAACUUGUUAAACGGGACCACCUUUAACGUGGACGAUCAACCCUUGGAAGAACUGCUGCUGCUGUAUACGAUGGCACUGAACCACCCGGUCUUCACUUACGAGCAGAAGAGCGUCUUUGGGAAUAUAUUCAGCAAGCUCCAGGAGGAAGAAGCUCGUCUGAAUCUCUCAAAGCUAAACGCUUCUUUUAAACCAUCACAAGGCUGUACACCGUGCAUGAGCACGAACGAGAGAUUAAUGGAACCUGAAAUUCAAAAUAGUUGCUUGAUGCCACCACCGCCGAUGCAAUCUUAUCAUGGAGAAAUGUCAAUGAGGAACAAUGCUAUAAUCACUGGAAUGCCACCCGGUCUCACAAUACCUCCGCCAGGGAUGUGCAUGCCCAGUCCAGAGCAAAUGCCUAUGGGAUCGAGCGGCACUACGCAAUACGUUCAUCUCGGUUUCCCGUCCGUUAACCACAUGCCACCGUGGACAGGUCAGGUUAUGAUGGGAAACCAGCUGUUGUAUCAUACCGGUGACAUGUUGGCUUAUCCGCCUUCCCCUUUAGUCAGCCGUCAGUCUUCACCGUCUCAGUCACGAUCUCCUAGUCGCAGUAACUCACCGAUGGGCCGCAGCAGGAUUAACGUUAACCCGCGCACCUCGUCACAAGUCACCACCCAGUCCACCUCGAAUACUCUCACGAUAUCGUCAGGCGGCUCGAAUAGUCAAACAAGCAUUUCCAGCUCAAGCUCUACUAAUUGCAACAGCAAUAAUAACAAUAACUCCUUACCGCCUCUACCGGCGAUUGGCGUAAGUAGAAGUCUUCCUAGUCAACCGCCGUUAUUAACGUCACGAUCUGCUCCUCUGUCCGUCACGAGCUCUUCGUCCUUCUCUCGACACAACAACGUCGAUAAUACCUCGUCGUCAAGUUUGAUUCCGACGAGUCAAUCGAAGCAACCUCCGCCACCGCCACGACUUAGAUUGUCCAACUCUAGCGAUUCUCUCCGGGAGACCUUGGGCAAGGAGAUGCCAAAUUUCAAGGCCAAUCUGCAGAACUUUUCUCUCGACGAGAUCAGAAGGAUGAGCGACGAGGACUUGAGGGAUAUUGGCCUGACACCGAAUGCAGUGGAACAGUUGAGGAGUAUACUCAAAAAUCAAAGCACUAACGGCUUAAACCAGAUUUCAGAUAAGAAGACGGAUAGCAACACCACGCAUUCAGUCACCGAAUCGACGGAGAGUGAGGUUGCACCAAGCAUGGAAGUUUUGGGUGAUAGCAAUAAUUCGAAUAGGAAAUCGAUGACGCCGUUACAGGAACAUUAUCAUUAUCACAAUCAUGUGACCACUUCAAAUAUACGGCGUUAUCCCAUGCCGUCAAUAGAACCUACGCCAAUACACAUGUAUUCUACACCGCCGCCAAUGUAUACAGCUCAAAACUCACCGUGUUACGCUUGUCUCACCGUACCGGUAGCUGGAAUGCAAAAUCGAUAUUCAAGAUGCAACGCUCAGCACGUGUACUGUCUUGCACAACUGCAAGCGCUGCGACUCGAUUCCGAAAAUAGCCGGCAGUGUUCUCAGAGCAGCAGCUCCGACAGCACCGGCAGCAGGUCACCUCCUGAGACGCCGCCGGCUGCGCCUUGGAUCAGCGGUGGCAGCGGUGACAACAACAACGUUGCGCCGCCCAUCUCCGAUCACAUGAAUUCCGUGUCGAUGCAUUCGACGAUGGUAACAGCACAGCCGCACUCCGUCGCGUCUGUGCCCCAGCAAUCGGUGCAGUCUUCGGUGCCACCGGAGAGCAGGCAGCUCACCAGAAAGAAUCCGCAGACCCGCAUGCGACAGAAGGGCCAAGGGAUGAUGAACGGAGCGGGCAACGGAAAUGGCGGACCACCAAGUCUAUCGCAUUGCGUCUCCUUCCAAGCGCCGCCGACGCACUCGCAACUCACCUACUUGCCGCACGGACAUUUCCCGACCGCGCUGCGACCCAGCACCGGCAUCUACUCCAACUUCAUGCACGGGCCGUCCGCGCGACCGGCUUAUCCCGCGGCGUAUCAGCCGAACGGCGAAAUUAUGUACCCGUACACCGGGCAUUCCGCGUCCAGUGGCACUCCGCCACCCCCGCCGCCAAAUGCAACCGCCACAACACUGGUGCAAGCGUCGUACAUGCCGCCUACACCGGUAGUGACGUACGCGGCGGCAGUAAUUCCACCAACGAAAAUCUCUUGCUACAAUUGCGGUAGCAGUAGUCAUCUCGCGGUUGAUUGCAAGGAUCAAACGAUGGAAGACCUCACGAAGAAAGCUCAAUAUCGGCUGGAUUACACAAUAAUGAAGCAGCCGGGAGAGUGCCCAAGUUCCGACAAGUGAUCCCCUGCUACGAACUACUCUGCUACCGCUUAUCACAAUUUUCGUCGCUACUAUAAUUGCGACUAUUAUCAUCAUCGUUAUCAUUAUUACUACCACCAUCACCACUUCUACCACCAUCACUGCCACUAUCAAAUUCACCGUCACUAUCAGCAUCAUUGUAAUCAUUACUAUCAGUUUACCAAUGCAAAUCGAUUUAAUGACAAGAUGCCGCGAAAUGACCGCUAUCAUUCCUCGUUUCACAUUUUGGCAAUUUUUCUAAACGUCUUACUACGCAAUCAGGACGACAACGACGAUGCUAAUGCUGACGCUGACAACGACAAAAACGAUGACGAGGACAUUAACGCCGAUGUCAAGCAUGACAAUGACAGCGACAAGGUUUUUCUAAUUAAGAACGUUUCGCGGUUCAUGCUACCAGAUAUACUUUUUACAAAUUAUGUAUGAUAGUGAUCGCAAAGUAAUUUAAUUGUAGAAUUGUGUAAAAUAUGAUGUAGUAGUAUUGUACAAAGAAAGAACAAAAAAAGUGAGACAAGAAAUAACGAGAGACCAUAUGGAACACAAAUGUCUUGUCUGUUUCUUUUACUAAUGGGACACGUUUUGAGAGAUUUUUGGGUUAAAAAUGGUAACUGACGUCCUUUUUUUAGCGACAUACAAUAUCAGCUGCUUAUCGCUGUGACCUCGACAUCUAAAGUACUCCCAUUCUCCCUUCUGCAGCCCAAAUUCUUCUCUCAACGAUUAACUGUAAACAGAACGCAAAAAAAAAAAAAAGAAAGCGAAAGAAUGUAUCAUACUUUAAGCAGGAAGGAAAAACUAUAUAUGAGAUUCGACUAUAUUUAGUGAUCGACGCUGUUACUUCUUAAUAUACUCUGUCUAUACUACUACUAAUGCUAGUACUACUACUAUUACUACUACUAUUACUACUAUUAUACCUCUUAUUAUCACCACUAUCGCUAUCACUCGCUGGCUAUCAUUACUACUAUGAUGAUGACGGUAACUACUUCUGUUAUAUUACUGCUACACUAAUACUCUUAUUACUACCACCACUGCUGUUGCUACCAUUAUCCACCAACACUAUCGCCACCCUCCUACUAUUAUCUCCACUAUCACUUUCCAGCACCAACAUCACUACUAUUGCUACCACUAUCACUGUUAAUGCUCUAUUUCUAUUACUACUAUCACACCACUAUUAUAACUACUAUACUAUCGCUACUAUUUACUAUUUACAUUAAAUUAUCGUUGUUACGUUUACUUAUUAAUUCUUCACCGCUGCGUCACGACGUUUUUAUGUAUAUAUAUUUUUCUCAAUCACGCGCGCGAUAAAACCAGUAAUAAAGUGUGUAAAGAAAAAGCGCGUAUAAUAUAUGCAAAAUAAAGAUGUAUGUGUGCAUGUAUGUAUGUAUCUAUGUAUGUAUAUGCGAAGAAGAUGGAGUGCAAGAGGCAGAAAGAAAAAAAAAAA